AUAAAUACAUAGAGAGGUGGAAGAACAAAUAGACAAAGACAACCAUAUCAUAUAUCGUACAACACUACUACUACUACUAGAGAGAGGCAAGGCAAAGGCAAGAUGAGUGAAGAGCCAAAGGGAAAGGUGAUAACCAUCCUGGCCAUCGACGGCGGCGGCGUCAGGGGGAUCAUCCCCGCCACCAUCCUCCACUCCCUCGAAUCUCACCUCCAAGAACUCGAGGGACCCAACGCCAGGAUCGCCGACUACUUCGACAUCGUGGCCGGGACCAGCACCGGCAGCCUCGUCGCCGCCAUGCUCACCGCCCCGGGCGACGACGGCCGCCCCUGCUUCUCCGCCGCCGAGAUACCUCAGUUCUACAAGGACGAGUCUCCCCGUAUCUUCAAGAAAUCAGGCAUGCCCCCGUUCCCCGGUCUAGCCAUGCUAGCCACAAUUUCUCCCGAUGCCGGGAACAGCACCGGCGGCGGCGGCCUUGUGCAGCUGCCCGAGUUCUCCGAAGCAGACAUCCCUCCCUUUUACAAGCAACAGCCUAACCCUCCCGCACUAGUUCCAGGAAUGCCUGAUCAAGUGCAACUGUUUAGUGUGUCAGAUAUGUGGAGUUGGUUCAAGAGGCUGGGUUCUGCGGCGAAGUGGGUGAUUGAUUUCGUGGUGAAGAUGGGGUUCCGCCCCAUGUACGACGGGGCAUACCUGCACCAGAAGAUCAGGAGCAUGGUCAAAGACACCAAGCUCAACCAGACCCUCACUAACGUCGUCAUCCCUGCCUACGACGUCCGCCGUUUGAAAACCGUCGUCUUCUCCUCUCUCCAGGCGAGACGGGACGCGUCGAAGAACCCGAAGCUCUCAGAUGUGUGCAUCUCGUCGUCUGCGGCGCCGGUUUACUUCCCUCCCCACAGCUUCGAGCUGCAGUCCUCUGAAGGGAUUGAAGAGUUCAACCUCGUCGACGGAGGCGUUGCAGCCAACAAUCCCGUGCUGCUGGCGAUACGGGAAGCGGCGAGGGCAUAUAAAGUGCCCCUGAAGCCGGAGAGCUUCAUGAUCCUGUCGCUGGGGACAGGAUCGUGCAGGGGGGACCACAUGGACAGGAUCGGGGACGCGAGCAGCUGGGGGGUGAUGAAGUGGCUGCUGAUCCCGCAGAAGACGCCGCGCAUCACGGACGUGUUCAUGGGGGCGGGCGACGAGAUGCUGGACGUGUACGCGGACAUGGUCCUCCAGGGCGCGUCCUGCCCCGACAACUACCUGAGGAUCCAGUACCAGGGCAUGAAGUACGACGAGUGUCUGGUGGACGACUCCGCCGGGGACUACCUUGACAAACUGGGAAGGUUCGCCAAUGAGAUGCUCGGCGACCCCGUUUCGGGUCCCUCGGCAAAGGCUCUCACCAAUGAAGAGGCACUCACUGCGUUUGCGCGUAACUUGGUGAGUAACAAGAAGAAGAAGUAGUCGUCGAUCAUGUUAGGUUACGUUGUGGCAUGGCCUGCUGGGGAUAGAUGGGAGUUUGAUUUGAUUCAAGUGUUCUUCUGAUCAGUUCGUUCUAGCUACUUAAUUAUGUUCUUCUACUCGUAUCUAUAUCUAUCUAUUUUGGCAGUGUUUUCAAAUAAAUGACUUUUAGUCAUGAUGCCAUGGAUUGUACUGGUUGUGGUUAAUUGGUGAUCUUUGUACUUGUACUCCUUGGAAUAAAUCAAAGUCUGCAUC